UCUCACCUACUUGGUCUUUAGAGGUCAUCUUCCGGAGGUCAUCAAAAUGGCGGACGCUCAGGCACGUGUGGAAGAGUCGGUCAAAACUUUGGUCACAGAUAUCGAGCGCGAUUACAUCCGAAAGAUGCAGUCCAAGAUGUUUAAAUGUAGUGCAACAUGCUGCGACGACAGCAGUGCAAGUAUGGACGACGUGGGAAGGUGUAUAGACAGAUGUAGCCAGCCCCUGAGCCGGUCCCAGCAGCUGGUCACCAACGAGCUGAACGAGUUCCAGAGCCGGCUGCAGAGAUGUGCCAGGACGUGUCAGGACCAGGUGCAGGACAAGAUGAAGGCAGGUAACACAAACCAGGCGGAGCUGACAGGAAUGAUGGAGCAGUGUAUCGGCAGGUGUGCGGACACACACCUCAGUCUCAUACCUGACAUCAAGUCUCGACUAGUUAGGAGUUUACAGGCAGAGAUGAAUCAAUAGCAAGGUCUCUUUUACCCACAGAAGUUGUGCAUGCUUGUACAAAAUGUAUAACAGGGUUGGACAAGUCCACUAGCCCGAUUGUCCAGGCAUGUGAAAGUGCUGAUUGGGCAAGUACAUGUUCUAUCCCACUUGUCCGAUAGGACAAGGAAGAUUUUUCCAUUGUUACUUUUAACAGUCAUGGCAUCAAGUCAUGGUCAACAUAGAAGAAUAGAGCCAAUAAUGAAAGAAUUCUAUUUUAGGAAGUGAAAAUACAUACCUUGGUACCUUGAGGUAGAUAAAUGCACAGUAAAAUUUUCAGGCAAGUGAAAAUUUGGUGGGCAAGUAAAUUCUUCAUGUACUUGCCCGAUAGGACAAUUGAAUUUUAGAAAACUUGUUAAACCCUGUAUAAUUCUUGAUAGUUUGUUAGUUGGAGAUAUAGUGUGUGUGAAACUGAAAGUGUGUUGUGCAUACAGAUAUACAACCAAGUAAGGUAGUGAGUGUAUUUGAAGGAACAAUAACUACAGAAAAAUUAAA